UCCAUCUCUCCAUCUCUCCAUCUCUCCAUCUCUCCGUCUCCGUCGGUCAACCCGGUUCAUCCUCUGGUCGAUAUCGAGCACAACAGCCGCAAUCCGGUCUGCACUCUGCCAAGCUCGGUCUGUCGCCAUCAACACCGCCGCUCUCUGCCCAGGCCCAAGCCAAUCGCCCCUCCCUCGCUUUCCCGUCUCAGUCCCAGUCCCAGCCCCUGCUCCAAAAUGAAAGUGCUCGUCACAGGAGGCGCCGGAUUCAUCGGCUCCCACACGGCCGAGGCCCUGCUCGCCAGAGGCGACUCGGUUGUCGUCGUCGACGAACUCAACGAUUACUACGACCUGUCCCAGAAGAUGGCCAACAUUGACAUCCUCAAGGCCAAGGCCGCCGAGACCGGGUCGCAAUUCCAGUUCUUCCAGGCCGACUGUGCCGACAUGACAAGCAUGACAACGAUCUUUGAGCUCGAGCGGCCAGACGUGGUGUGCCAUCUGGCGGCGCGAGCAGGAGUCAGGCCGUCAAUCAAGGAUCCGCACAUCUAUGUCCACUCCAACAUCCAGGCCACCGUCACGAUGCUCGAGAUGGCGCGGCAGUUUGGCGUCUCCAACUUUGUGUAUGCCUCCAGCAGCUCGGUCUACGGCGCCAACACAAAGAUCCCGUUUGCCGAGGACGACACCACCGAGAACACAGUGUCGCCGUAUGCGGCCACCAAGAAGGCGUGCGAGAUCAUGGCCAAGACAUACCACUCGCUGUACAAGAUCAACGUGACGGGACUGCGGUUCUUUACCGUCUAUGGACCCCGUGGCCGGCCAGACAUGGCGCCGUGGAUGUUUGUCGAGAAGAUCUCGAGCGGCUCGCCAAUCAACAAGUACGGCGACGGCUCGUCGUGCCGCGACUACACUUACAUCGACGACAUUGUGUCGGGCGUGCUGGCCUCGAUCGACAAGCCGCAUCCGUGCGAGGUCUUCAACCUCGGCAACUCGCAGACCAUCAACCUCAACGGCUUCAUCGAGGUGAUCGAGGACGUUGUUGGCAAGAAGGCCCUCAUCAAGCAGCUCCCGGACCAGCCGGGAGAUGUUCCACUGACCUACGCGGAUCUGACAAAGAGCAGCCGGAUGCUCGGGUACCGGCCGCAGACGUCGCUUCGGGAGGGCAUGAGCAAGUUUGUGGAGUGGUAUCGACACUUCCGGGUGCAAUCCCAGGUGCAGUCCCGUCCCGCAACCUCCACCACCCUCGCCUUGAACUCGUCCCUGCUCUCGUCCCAUCACACUCUCAACUUUGGCAUCCUGAAGCGCUCGGAGCCCGAGCCUCUCACCCCGCCCAUUUCGCCUCGUUCCAAGAAGCUGCGAUUCGAGAGCGCCAACGAAACCGAGGCACAUCCGCACGACGGCCUGUUCGCCCCGCCUCUUGCUUGAACUCGCACACAUGCAUCCCGUUUCUGUCUCUUCGUCAACGAGACUAGCAUGUUUCCCUCGACCCUUCCCUGUACAUAGAUAUUGGCACAAUACCAUGAUUCAUGCUCUCCAUGGCCCUGCCACCCAGCUGCUCUCUAGCGCUGCAAUGCGGUUCGCUGCAAGCAGCUCUCGAUCAUGUCUUGAUGGUUCCUAAACGAAUAAAGUCGAUUCAGAAAGAAA